AUGAGGCAACCCGCCUCGUUUUCUUUCUUUCUUUUUCGGUUCUUUUUUUUUGUGUUAAAUUUCCAUUUCAUUUUCCCCAUUUUUAACGUUUUCAUUUUUUCAUUUGAAUUUCGACUAUUUCCUCUUCUUUUUACUUUUCGUUUUCUUUGUUUGUUUCUUUCGUUCGCUUUAAUUUUUUCAUUUGAAUUUCUACUAUUUCCUCUUCUUUUUCCUUUUUCCUUUUCUUUCUUUAUUCGUCGUCACCGUGUUUUUUUUCCGUAUUUAUUUUCGCCACACUUUUUUUUAUCGAUUUUCCAUUUUAAUCUAUUCUUUCUUUCUUUCUUUCUUAAUAUUUCCCUGUUCUUUCUUUUUCUUUCUUUCUUUCUUUCUUUCUUAACAACUUUUUGCUCUUUAUCUACUUUUUCUAUAUUUUGUCUCCUUUUUCAUCUAUUUUCUUUCUUUUUCAGAUUUUUUUCUUCUUUACUAUAUCCCAUAUUUUGGUAUAUACCAAUUUUCUUUUUUUCUGUUCUUUCCUCCUUGCUUCCUUCUUUCUUUCUUUCUUUCUUUCCUCCUUCCGUCCUUCUUUCCUCCUUCCUUCUUUCUUUCUUUCCUCCUUCCCUCCUUCCUUUCUUUCUUUCUUUCUUUCCGCCUUCCAUCCUUCUUUCUUUCUUUCUUUCCCCCUUCCUUUCUUUGCUCCUUCCUUCCUUCUUUCUUUCUUUACUCCUUCCUUCCUUCCUUCUUUUUUCCCUUCUUUCUUUCUUUCCUCCUUCCUUCCUUCUUUCUUUCUUUCCUCCUUCCUUCCUUCUUUCUUUCUUUCUUUCCUCCUUCCUUCCUUUCUUUACUCCUUCCUUCCUUCCUUUACUCCUUCCUUCCUUCCUUUCUUUACUCCUUCCUUCCUUCCUUCCUUUACUCCUUCCUUCCUUCCUUUCUUUCUUUCUUUCUUUCUUUCUUUCCUCCUUCCUUUCUUUACUCCUUCCUUCCUUCCUUCCUGUAUAUAUUUUUGCCUCCACCCGCAAUGUGACCCACUCCGUGGUUCCGUCUAACUCCAUCACCUCUUCCGUCUCUACUCUCUCUCUUUCUCUCCUUCCUUUUUCUUUUCUCUUUCUUCGCUCACCUCCCCCCCCCCACGAACUCGCAGUAUUUCAACCUUUACGUACACGCAGUAUCACUGCGGAGAGUUCGUUGAACGUACGCGGUAUAUUAAUCUUCAUCCACCGGAUCACUUUAGGUUAUAGCUGA